AGAGUGCUGUAGAGAUCUCUAUUGCAGAACGCUAAAGACUACGAUGGCGCGUACCAAGCAGACCGCUCGUAAAUCGACCGGAGGAAAGGCUCCUCGGAAACAGUUGGCCACUAAAGCUGCGAGAAAGAGCGCUCCAGCUACCGGCGGUGUAAAGAAGCCUCAUCGUUACAGGCCUGGUACCGUGGCCCUUCGUGAAAUCCGUCGUUAUCAGAAAAGCACGGAGUUGCUGAUCCGUAAAUUGCCAUUCCAGCGACUUGUUCGUGAGAUUGCCCAAGACUUCAAAACUGAUCUCCGGUUCCAAAGCUCUGCCGUAAUGGCUCUUCAAGAAGCUAGCGAAGCCUACCUUGUAGGAUUAUUCGAAGAUACUAACUUGUGCGCUAUUCACGCUAAGCGAGUUACCAUCAUGCCAAAGGACAUCCAAUUGGCACGCCGCAUUCGUGGCGAGCGCGCUUAAGUGCCUUUAAAAAUUAUAAUCGGCCCUUUUCAGGGCCAA